UCGCAGUUAAAUGGCGUUUUGUAAAUAGAAGACGGGAGGUCCUGCCGACGCGUCCAUUACAUCAAAAAUAAAGAAGGACAACGGGGGAACGAAAACGGACGCAAAAAACAGGAAAAAAUGGUUUGACAUUAUUUCGAGUUGAAAAAUUUGUGUUUAUGUUACUCCCGGUUUAUUCCUUGACAAUUAUACUUACGAACACCCGGCCUCCUCUCAUCAAUUAUUGCGAUCAACAUGAACUGUUGACGAGUUUUCGAUACAGCAGCUAUUAUUUCAACUCACGCACACCACGCAUCCGUCAAGUCAACAACGGCGACGUCGAGUGCCUCCCGUCUUCUAAAAUCACCUAUUUCCACGACGCGCAUUUCAACCAACCGUCCCCUCAAUCCUUCGACGACACGUAGCUCUUUGGCUUUGUCGCAACGCAAACCCUCAACGCGGAUCCGUCGCCUGCUCUGCGCCCUCUUCGAUGGCCAUUCUACCUCCGGACCCAGUUUUCCUUCUGCGGGGACCCGACACCGGACCCGUCCACUGUCUCCUCUUUCGGGUAUCGCCCUACGUCGAGCAUCUCUAUGCCGGUGCCGAGUCCGGAACCGUACACAUCUGGGAUCUCAGGAAAAGCAGAGAAACGUCGAGGCUAGUUGUCGGACCUGAGCCAUGUCUGGCUCUUCGCUCUAUUCUCGACGAAACUCUGGUUACGCAAGGGAAGAAUGGGACUUACAAAGUAUGGAAGGCUGAUGGUUCUAAUUGGAUCCAUGAGGAGACUUUGGAUAGCGGGCAUAUUAGCUUUUGCCGGUGUCAAACGCUCUCGUCGGAUCAAAUAUUAAUACCUCUUGAAAAUUCUGUGAUUGGUGCUCUCUCUCUGAAGACCUUGGAUGUAGCGUACAAGCUCGAUCCACAUCAAGUUUCUUCUCCGAAAGCACUAGGCGAAGUGAUGUCCUUCAAGCCUCUCGAUGUUCAGGGAAUAAAAUUAGUUAUCGUCGCCUAUGAAAGCGGACAGAUAGCCGUGUGGGAUUUAAACGCAAGAAACAUUCUCAGCUGGUUUUCUAUCGAAGAAUGUCCACUCACCGUGGAUUUCGACGUUAACCUAAUGCGAGGAAUAGUCGGUAGCGUUACCGACAAAUUACAGGCUUUUAAUUUAACCAAGGCUCACACUAUGAGUCUGAAAUCAACAAUUCCAUUGAAGAACGCUGGAACCUCGGUAGCAGUUAUAAGGCCGGAUACAAAGGUGUUUGCAGCUGGUGGAUGGGACGGCCGACUGAGAAUCUUCUCGUUCAAAACGUUGCGGCCCCUCGCGGUGCUGGAUCAGCACAAAACGUCGGUCCACGACAUCGCAUAUUCGGACUGUAAAGUCGAGGCAUGGGGUAGUAAAUGCCUCAUGGCUGCGGCCGGGAAAGACGGCGCUGUGUCUCUCUGGGAUCUCUAUAACAAUUGAAGGAAAUUCGCCUGUAUAAUUUGCGAGUGUAAUUGUUUCUAUACAAUUAAAAUAUUGAACGAAAAAGGAAAGAAUAUAGUUUUUCUUGAAGAAUGUUUAGAUAUCACGGCAAAGGCAUGACUGCAUCGUUAAUAUCGAACUACCGACGACUACUUGAAUAUCUCGACGAAAUACCUCCAAUAAUCCUAAGUACCUAAUUGAUGAAAGUUGUGAAGAGAGGAAAAAAUUCAAAAUUUAUAUUAUCAAUGCGAAUUUUUGGAAAAAUAUAUUAAUCUUUCCUGA